AUGUCGUCUCCAAGCAAGAGGAGAGAGAUGGAUGUCAUGAAGUUGAUGAUGAGUGACUAUAAUGUGGAGACAAUAAACGAUGGGCUAAAUGAAUUCAAUGUGGAAUUCCAUGGUCCAAAAGAAAGCCUUUAUGAAGGCGGGGUUUGGAAAAUCCGCGUUGAGCUUCCCGAUGCGUAUCCAUAUAAAUCUCCUUCUAUUGGCUUCAUCAACAAGAUUUUCCACCCUAAUGUUGAUGAGCUAUCUGGUUCUGUGUGCUUAGAUGUAAUUAACCAAUCAUGGAGUCCAAUGUUCGACCUUUUAAAUGUUUUUGAAGUUUUCCUUCCACAACUGUUGCUCUAUCCAAAUCCUUCAGAUCCGCUCAAUGGCGAUGCAGCAUCGUUGAUGAUGAAGGACCGAAAACUCUACGAUCAGAAGGUGAAAGAGUACUGCGAGCGAUAUGCAAAGAAGGAGCAUAUUACCAAUUCAACUCCAGAUGAGGAGAGUGGUGAUGAAAACAUUAGUGAUGAGGAAAGUGAUUCAAGCGACGAUGAUAUUGCCGGACAUGCAGACCCAUAG